AUGACAUGAGAAGAAUGAACAAAAAAUCGCGAAAUAUUCUCCUUUCAUGAAUUUUUUUGAUGAUGUGAAAGCUUGAAGUAAUGAUUUAAAUGUCGGUGUCCCUUGUGGUGUUCAGACUUGAACUUGCGGAUGGAUGCGUUCCUCCCAUUGAUCUAGAAUUCUGUGCAUCUGGUUUCCAAAUCAGUCAUAAAAUGUCAUCAGCAAAAAAAGGUACUGAUAAAACAUCAUUACAAACUAAUCAACCAGAAGAGCAUGAGGAACAGAGAGAUAGUGGCCCAGUACCUGAAGAAAUACAGAGACUUCAUCGAGGACAAAGAGAACUUAACAGUCUGACAAUAGAAACAGUACAACAAGGAGAAAAAAGAAACUCUGACGCAGAUUCAUCCACUAGAGAUAAGACAGGGGGUACUGUAAUAGAUGACUCAUCGCAAUGGCUGGGAAAAAUAGGRUUCUUUUCUGGGAAUCCAACAGUGGAAACUGUGAAUGGAAUUCUUCACAUUUACAAAAACAAUGAAAUGACAUCCCUUGCAAAAGGAAUUUCAAGAAGUCAGACAAUCUGCAUGCUUGGAGUACCUGCAAAACUUGCCUGUAUUGAUUUGCUACAAUUYGUGGCYCCAUCAGAGGAAUACAUAGAGCAAAUAAAGAUCAUUAGAGAUACCACGCCUAAUCAGUACAUGGCUUUGAUUAAAUUUAAAGACCAGGAACUUGCAGAUGAGUUUUAUAACACAUACAAUGGACAACCUUACAACUCAUUUGAAGAGGAGGUUUGUCAUUUGGUUUAUGUUGCUAAAGUAGAGAUAAUGAAGUCAUCAGAGGGAGCCAGUCUACCAAUUGCUGGUCUUACAGAGCUACCAAAAUGUCCAGUUUGCUUAGAACGGAUGGAUGAGUCAGUUGAGGGUGUUCUUACCAUAUUGUGCAACCACUCAUUCCAUGGCAGCUGUUUGUCCAAAUGGGAUGAUAGCAGCUGUCCUGUAUGUAGAUAUGUCCAGACUCCUGAACCAACWAGUGAAAAUAAGUGUUUUAUGUGUGAUUCAACAGAGAGUUUAUGGAUCUGUCUGAUAUGUGGUCAUGUUGGGUGUGGACGUUAUGCAAGUUGCCAUGCUUAUGAACAUUAUAAAGAAACACAGCAUACAUAUUCACUUGAACUUGGUACGCAACGUGUGUGGGACUACACUGGAGAUAAUUAUGUACACCGGUUGAUUCAAAAUAAGACGGAUGGUAAAUUAGUCGAGUACGGACCAGGCAGGGACCAGUUAGGCGAUGAAGAGAAGCUGGAUUCACUUACGCUAGAGUACACMUACCUUUUAACAAACCAACUAGAAAAUCAGAGAUUAUACUUCCAAGAAAAGAUUACGCAAAUUGAAACUGAAGCUGCUGACCAGGUGAGCGCUAUGGAGGAACGCUCCAAAAAGACUAUGGAAGAAUACCAGAAGCUGGAAGUAAAGCUUGUUGAUGUGGAAAAAGAAAAGAAAGCAUUCGAGAAAAAAUAUUCUCAGGUUGUCACCAAAGUCGGGAAACUAGAGAACGAUCUUAAAGAAGAACGCGAGCUUAACAAGUGUCUUCGCGACAAUCAGAAAUUAUGGCACGACAAAUUUUCAGUCAUGGAAAAAAAGUUCAAGGAAACAGAGGCUCAAUCUAAACAGGAAAUAAAAGAACUUCAAGAACAAAUCAGUGAUUURAUGCGUCACUUUGAAACCCAACAAGCCAUUGCUUGUGCACCAGAGGACACUAGACAGGAACUACAAGAUGGUCAUAUUGUUCUUGGAGAACCAUCAACAGACAAGAAAAUAAAAACCAGACGAAAACGAAGAUGAAAUUCUCGUCCAUGAUGAAACCCUUCGACGGCCACCGCGAGGAGGGAUAUAAACUUUUGCGAAGGGAAGCUGUAAAAGAAUUUCAGCUUUUUCUCUAUAUAUGCUUUAUUGCAGAAAAAAAAACAUCAGAAAAAUAACAUUUGCAAGUUCAAAUCAUAGUAUCCAAUUGUCCUAUUAURUAGGUUUAUUUUUACGACGUUCUAUCAGUUAGUAUACCAGUAAAAUUCAAAGAGCAUAAAAGUUUAACUACACAAAUUAUAUGAAUGAAUCACGCUGUAAAUACUGAAAAUGAAUAGUUUAUUGGGUUAAGAGACACUUACAAAUUAUUUUUCAGUCAAUCUAAUAAAACUAGAAGUUCCUGCUGA